UCUUGGCAUAAGUCAGUGGCGCACUCAGGGCUUCGUGACCCAGCAGUAAAGGGCCCAGGGGAUGGGCCCCAGGCUGAGAGUCACAACUCCUGGGGGGCAUUCCCAGCUCUGCUUCCCUGUGGAGCCUUGGGCAAGUUACUCCUGAGCUGGGUGCCUCGGUUUCCGCACAGCAACCCCCCCGUUGUGAAACUGCAAGGUACCUCUGAAAAAGAUGCAGGAACAGCAUCUGUCUAGUAAAAUGGCAACAUUUUCUUUCUUUCUUUCUUUCUUUCUUUCUUUCUUUCUUUCUUUCUUUCUUUCUUUCUUUCUUUCUUUCUUUCUUUCUUUCUUUCUUUCUUUGACACAAGCCCCCUCCGCCCUUGCAAGAGUUAAUAUAAAUUGACUUCACCUCCGAGACUGGCACUUGCACUGCCCAAUGAGCGCCCCUGCGCCACCCCCUCCCCCGGGCACCGGCUCUGCGCUGCUGGUCCCCACCGUGCGCCCAGGGCGCGGUGGCUUGGGGAGGUGCCGCGCUCUGGCGGGACGUGCGAUUGAGCUGCCGCGGGGAGGGAGAGGGUGGGAUCCCGGCGAACUCCAGGGUGUCCCGUGCCCCCCCCCACCCAACUCUCAUGCAUCAAUCCACCCCCGCCCCUUCCCCAGUCACCCAGGCGCUGCCUGCUGCAGCCGGGCGGGGGAGAGCGCCCCUUUAAACUUCGCCGCGCGCUUGGGGCUGCGGGGCUUGGGGAUGGAGGCUGCGGGCGCAAGGCGGCGCUUGGCAGGAGCGCACAGGGCGCCUCUCCCCGGGUGCACCCCAGCUCCGCUGGAGAAGGACAGAGACAGCUGCCAGCACCUGCAGGAUCCCUGAGCCGGAUGCCGCUCGCUGGCCUCAUGUCUGCACUGUCGCCGAAGCAUGUGGAAGUCUCUUACUCUCUUCCUGCUGCUUGCGACGCUCCAGGGAACAGUGGAGGCGAGCUCCUCAGAGAAGUCAGCCAAGGAUACGUUUGCGGCCUGGAGGCAGUACCAGCAGGACUGUGAGCGCAGCAUGGCCGAGGAGCCGUAUCCCGCAGGCCUGGUGUGUAACCGGACCUUCGACAUGUACGCCUGCUGGAGGGACACGCUGCCCAACACCACCGCCAUGGUGCCCUGCCCGUGGUACCUGCCCUGGCAUCACCACGUUCGUGGCGGGUUCGUAAUGCGGCUCUGCGGCCCGGCUGGCCAGUGGGUGACGGAUGAGUCGGGGCUGCCCUGGAGGGACCACUCGCAGUGCGAGGAUCUCAGCACAGAACACCCCUUCCAGAAGCAGGUGCGGCUCCUGGAGCAGUUCCGGCUGAUGUACACCGUGGGCUACUCCCUCUCGCUGGUCUCUCUGCUGCUCGCCCUGGUGCUGCUCCUGGCUUUCAGGAAGCUGAGGUGCACCCGCAACUACAUCCACGUGAACCUCUUCCUCUCGUUCAUGCUGCGGGCCGUCUCCAUCCUCACCCGGGACGCCCUGCUCCGCGUCCGCUUCUCCAAGGACCUGCAGCACGAGGGGGAGCUCUUCCAUCUCCUCGGAGACCAGGCUGCCGCCGGCUGCCGCCUGGCUCAGGUCCUGACCCAGUACUGCGUGGGGGCCAACUACUACUGGCUGCUGGUGGAAGGUCUCUACCUCCAUAACCUGCUUGUGCUGAUGGCCAUCUCGGAGGAGAGCUGCUUUGUGGGCUACCUGCUUGUCGGAUGGGGAGCCCCCAUCCUGUUUGUCAUUCCCUGGGUGAUCAUCAGAUACCUCUAUGAAAACAACCAGUGCUGGGAGAGAAAUGAUAACAUGGCCUAUUGGUGGAUUAUCCGCUGCCCCAUCCUGCUGGCCAUCCUGGUUAACUUUGUCAUAUUUGUCCGCAUCAUUAAGAUCCUGGUCUCCAAACUCCGGGCUCACCAGAUGCGCUACACGGACUACAAGUUCAGGUUGGCCAAGUCGACGCUGACCCUGAUUCCACUGCUGGGCAUCCAUGAGGUGGUGUUUGCCCUGGUGACGGAGGAGCAGGCCCAGGGCACACUGCGCUACGUCAAGCUCUUCUUUGAGCUCUUCCUCAGCUCCUUCCAGGGUCUUCUGGUGAGCAUCCUCUACUGCUUUGUCAACAGGGAGGUCCAGUCUGAGAUCAGGAGGAAGUGGCAGAGGUGCCAGCUGAGUGCGGACCUGCUGGAGAAGCAUGGCCACAGCUGCAGCCACGGGCCGUCCUGCCGCUGCCAGCACGGCAAGGCCUCUGAGGUGGGCUGCCCCCGGCGCCCCAGCCACCCGGGGAAGAGGGGGGCCGAGGCGGACUCCAACUGCAGCUCAGAGAACUCCCCGGGUGGCUCCCAGCAGCAGCGCCUCCCCUACGCCGGUACCAUGGCCAGCAAAUCCUACUGCUACAUCCCGGUCCAGACGCAGCCAGCGGGCAGGCUGGGGGGCAAGGAGCUGCUCCCCGGUGCCAGGGAGCCUGGGGACAACAAGAUCUCGGAGAGCUGUUGCUAAAAUCAAACUCGGGGCCCUUCCCACCUGCUGGCCCAGGGGCCAGGAGAGAGGAGCCGGGUUGUGGACUCCUUCAGACUUUCCCUGCCUUGGGUAGGAGGCAGUCACUGAACCACUAGGGAUGGAGGGAAGGGGGUGUUGGGGGUGGGGCAUGGUGCACAGGGUCUGCAGGACCAGCGAACCCCCACCACCUGGUAUCCUUUCCGCAGGGCACGGUGCCCCCCUGGAGUGCCCGUGGACAAAUGACGUGGGCGCGUAUGAGUCCACUGUGGCCCACAGCUGUUGCUGAGACUCUGGGGACAUCCAGCUGGGGUCAGUGCAGAGGCAUGUCUCCAUGGGCCUGAGGUGAGCACACCCUCCAAGCCUCCUGGGAAUCCAGCCCCCCACCUCCCUUGCAGGAGCUGGCGUAAGGGCCCUGCUCUCAACCUCCUGUGUAGAGGAGACUCAGGGCACAGCCAGAGAGCACUGCACUGUGGCUAUUCUCCACCCCCACACCGGGGCCCAUAGGGGGUGGAUCGGGGCAUGGCCAGAGAGCACUGUGCUGUGGCUCUUCUCUGCUCCUCCGCCCAGGCCUAUAGGGGCAGAUAGAGUGUGGAGCUGGAAUCCACUGUGCUGUAGAUAUCGGGCCCUUAGGACGUGGAACAGCAGUUAGGUCACCCCUGAGGUCUCCCUGGCAGAGAAUAGGGCCAGGCAGGGCCUAGAGAGUGCACUGGAGCUUAAAUCCACCUCCCGCCAUCCUUGCCUCAAGUGCAGAGAUGGGGAAACGGACCCCUGAUGUGUGUCCACCUGUUUUGAAUGGUCUGUGGCUCUUGGCCUCGGUGACACCCUUUGGCAGCGAGUUCCACAGGUAAACUGUGUGUGGUAUUAAAAAAGCAUUGAUUUUCUUA